AUGCCGUUGCUUGAGGUGAAGUUCUGCAAAACAAAAAGAUUUGGUGUUAAGAAGUUCUUCACUAUUGAUAAAUUCAUACCUGUACCUAGGGAGUCGAAUAGACUAUUUAAUAAAAACAUUGACAGAUAUACAUUCUGUACUGCUUAUAAAAGUUCCGGUAAGAAACAUUAUAAAUAUACAUUCAAGUUCGAUCCAGAUCUUCAAGACUCGUCCAAAAACUUCCAGACUUAUCUAUUUAACCAUCGCAAAGCUCGCCUUGGUGAUAUGCCGAAAAUUGGAAAUGACGAAGGAAACUUUAGGUGGAUUUUAACUAACAAAUAUCCAAAGCAAAAAUAUACUUAUUCUUUAUUCCUGUUGGAUGCUGGUCAACCGUCAUUGACUGAUAAUAUGGAUACAUAUAAAAUGGAAUUGGACCCUAAAAAUGAAUUGAUACAGAACAGACCAUGGAUGGGUAAAAGUCUUCAAUCACCUAAUGAGAUCGCUACAUUAAUACAUUUGGCUGAUAAUCAUGGAACAUUCAGUAUUCAUCAAACAGCUUGCUUGAAGAUUCACAAAUCACAAUACCUGAAGGGUUUAGAAUCUGAUAGUAUACAUUCGCUCAACAUGGAUGAAUUGACUUUUAUAAUUACAUCCAUCGUUUCGAAAUUUACUUCUGAAAAGAAUACUACAAUAAAUGAUUCAAUGCAAAAAUUGAACAAAUCACACUACACUUUAACGUUAGUGGUGUAG